UUAUUUGUUGAUUGUUAGCGGCGGGCGGACGUGCUUUCAAUUUGACUCGCGGAUUACACGUGUGUAAUAAACGUGGUGAUUGAUUUAAGUCUAGGUUAAAUAUUUACGUAAAUUGUAUUAACAACAAACUAAACCAUGCUUGCCAAGAACACUGAUCAAAUAAAGGAGCUUGCGCUCAAACUGUUUGAGAUCAAUGCCUUUAAAUUCGGGGAUUUUAAGAUGAAAGUCGGGAUCAAUUCGCCUGUCUACUUUGAUUUACGGGUGAUUGUCAGCUAUCCAGAUGUCAUGCAAACUGUAUCCGAUUUGCUGGUGGCGCACAUCAAGGAGCUGCAGCUGAACGCCAAGCACGUCUGCGGGGUUCCAUACACCGCUUUGCCGCUGGCCACGAUUGUCUCAGUACAGCAGUCGACGCCAAUGUUGGUGCGGCGCAAGGAGGCCAAGGCCUAUGGCACCAAGAAGCUCAUCGAGGGCAUCUACCAGGCGGGCGACACCUGUCUGAUUGUGGAGGACGUGGUCACCUCUGGCUCCAGCGUCCUGGACACGGUGCGCGAUCUGCAGAGCGAAGGCAUUGUGGUCACCGAUGCCAUUGUGGUCGUGGACCGAGAACAAGGCGGCGCAGGCAACAUUGCCAAGCACGGUGUCCGCAUGCAUUCGCUGUUCACGCUCUCGUUCCUGUUGAACACUCUGCAUGAGGCGGGGCGAGUGGAGAAGGCAACUGUGGAUGCGGUGGCCAAGUAUAUUGCUGCGGUGCAGAUAAACAGUGAUGGCUCGUUUAUAGGUGGCGGAGAUAAGCGCAAUCCCAGCGAAGCAAACGAAUUUUCACGCACUAAACUGAGCUACGAGAGUCGCGCCAACUUGGCAAAGAGUUCGAUUGCAAAGCGACUUUUCAAUCUGAUGGCCACCAAGCAAACGAAUCUCUGUCUGGCUGCCGAUCUUACAAAAUCCGAUGAGAUUUUGGCCAUAGCCGACAAAUGUGGUCCAUACAUCUGCUUGCUGAAGACUCAUGUGGACAUUGUGGAGGAUUUCAGUGAACGUUUCGUUAGUAACCUUCAAGCCUUGGCUACGCGUCACAAUUUCCUGAUCAUGGAGGAUCGCAAAUUCGUCGACAUAGGCAACACAGUCUCGCUGCAGUACAGCAAAGGAGUCUACAAGAUAUCGAACUGGGCCGAUCUGGUGACUGCUCAUACGCUGCCUGGACGCAGCAUAGUGCAGGGUCUCAAGGCUGCACUGGAUGGAGACGAUGCUGUCAAGGAACGCGGUGUCUUUCUAUUGGCUGAAAUGUCGUCAAGUGGCAAUCUGAUCGAUGACAAGUACAAAGAGAAUAGCAACAAAAUCGCCACGGAGGGCAGCAACGUUGACUUUGUGGCCGGCAUUGUUUGCCAGUCGGCCAAUUGCUUCUCCUUCCCCGGACUGCUGCAAUUGACGCCGGGCAUCAAGAUCGACGAGAGCGUCGAUAAGCUGGGCCAGCAAUAUCAAUCGCCUGAGAAUGCGGUCAAGGAGCGUGGAGCUGACAUUGGCGUCGUCGGACGCGGCAUCUUGCAGGCCACUAAUGUGGAACAGGCGGCGAUCAAUUAUCGUGAUCGCCUGUGGGCGGCCUACACUGAUCGUAUUGCCAAAUAGGCGUCUCAUUUAUUAUGGAUGAUGUACAAGUUACCUCUGAUUGUAUUGCGCUUCCCGAAUUAUAAAUAGUUGUAAGAAUUUUGGGUUUGGUCUUUAGAAACACGUAGUAUCCAUAUAAAACACAAUUAGUUAAGAAAUUUCAAAACAGUUUUAUGUAAUAAGGUAAAAAGAUUGCUACAAAAAAUACAACAAUUUACGAAAUGUUUAAUGCAUUAUAAAUCGAUAAUGUAAUGCCUGGAUUUAAUAAGAGGCCAAACACUGCAACACGUAGCUAUAAUCGCCAGAUAUAUCAUCCUGAAAUUGAAACGGAAAAAAUAUGUUUUGUGAUGCGAGCAAACUUGAAACUGAUCAAACGUCGUUUGGCGUUGGCAAACUUUUUAUUUGUUAAUAAUAGCAAGCACAAACAAAAAUACUAUGUAUGUGAAAUAAUUUACAGGAAAUGUAUACAAAAAAAAAGACGUUAUAAUAAAUAAUAUUGCAAAAAUAGCAAAAAGGUGUAAAUAUAUGAUGGAAUAGAAGCUGCACUUCAAGUGUAAGUAUCUACUGGAAAAUUAGCAAAUCACAACAUAAAUAAUUUCAGAGUGUAUGUUUGUUUUUGUUAUCCUCGAAAAUGCAACUUAAUUUCGAAUUUUACAAUUGCACAAUUUGUUGUUUAAUCAACAUUAUUUCUGGAUAACCUCGGGUCUCAUCUACCACGCAACGAGAGUCUCAAGUAAAUAUCCAAUUUCAGAGUUGGCAUCCUCCUGUAAAUUGCGUAUACGCAUGGAUGGGAAUGGAAGAGAAGCGUAAAAAGAGCAGAAAGCAUUAAACGCAUUACUUUGUAUACAUCUUCGUAAAUGGUGUUGUUGAUUAUAGUUACUCAGUGUUAUAAAGUAACCGAAAGCCAUAUGUUAAAGUUAUGUUAAGCGAUAACAGAGCACUGUUAGUAACAUGGCAAGCAAGCUUUUGCAAUUGCAGCUUUAGUAACGGCAAUCAAAAUUCAAAUCGAUGGCGCUUAAUAUGAGAUGUUUUUUUUUUUUUUAUUGUUGCGUUUUAUUUGUUUUUGUUUUUAACAAUAUUAUAAAUGAUACUCGAGCGAUAAAAUAACAUAACCAUAUGCUACACAUUAUUUACAUAUAUACAGCAUACAGUUGAAGUUAAGUUAAAAUUGAGAUUAAGUGUGUGAAUUGAGUGUGCAUAGUUGUAUAUAUUAUAGUAUAAUUAACAUGUGAUGCGACAGUAACUUUGACGGUAUUAAAUGCGCAGCGUUUUGCCUUUUAAAAGUGCUCCACUCUUGUGUUUGUAGAUCAUAUUGUGUAUAUAACUACAUAUGUAUGUACGUACAAAAUAUUUCUGUAUUUACUGAUAACUAAUUACUCGAUAUUCGAACUUUUGUACAAUUUGUGUAUAUAUUAUUUAAAGAGUAGCUUAAGCCAUGGAACAGACA